AUGGCUGCGGCCCCAAGAGAAGCCUCCUUGCUCAUCCAUUCGACAGCAGCAUUGCGUGAGCGAGCAGCAAAGGCAGGACUGAGCAGCGAAGAGGUGCAAGCCAUUUUGGAUAACAAUGUCACCUCCAUCGCGCAGAUGGCUUUUGCCAUUUCGCCUCCAGGGGCAUCACCUACCGAACAACAAGUCCGUGAUUUCUAUCAAAGUAUUGCAGUCAACAUGGGAACCAUCACGAUCAUCACGUCCACGAAGCUUCUCAUUUUCGAGGCCCAUACGCUGGUAGUGGCAAACAUUAAGUCAGAAGUGGGACGCAAGGAUGAUGUCACAACACAUUGCGUUUUGCCCUCAGCCGAGAGAGAAGGGAGAAUCCAGGACCAACAGAAGAGACUCACUGGACUCAGAUUUAAAGGAGAUGAAGAAGUCGCCUUCUUGGCUUAUGACUUGGUUUUCACGCUUUUGGAAAAAGACACCCUGACCUACCUGCAUCCAGAACGCUUCAUCACCAGACGCUUUGAGUUGUCACAGAAGAAGCCGUUGAAACAGCUAGCUCUUGACAAUGAAUCGCUGACCAUCAAGGAACGACCUGCCGACCACACUUGUGCGACCAGGGCCGCCUUUUUGCAUUUAGCUGAAGUCAUCACCUCCCUCAAAAGGGAUGCCAACGGGGACCUCCCUUUGGAAGUGCAUUUGCCUAAAGUGUUGGUUCGACCCAGUGUAAGCUUCCACUUGUUGCCCCUGGCAACGCAUAUGCCUGCAAAGCCUGCACCAAAAGCAAAUCCGAACAACCAGAACAAGCGCAAGCAUGAAGACACCAAGCCUCCCGCAGCAAAGGACACAUCCACGUCCAAAGGACACCCUGGCCAGAACCUUGACCAACUGCCUGCCGCACUCAAAGGGGACAUGUCAGGCAGACGCCGGGCGAUCCUUGAAAAGAAAAGACUGCUGCUCUUCAAGGAACUGUUGGUGGAAGCAGGUUCGAAUGACGUGAACUUGGUGGAAGACAUAUGCAAUGGUUUCGACCUGACAGGGAAGUUGCCAGAAUUCAACCAAUUUGACAAAAAGUUCCGCUCCCCACCGAGGUUCCGCAACUGUAUGAAAGAGCUGAAUUCCCACGUCAACAGAGGUUUCCGCAAGAUAACAGACGAGUUCGCGACGGCUUUGGAGCUCAUGUCGGAACUUCUCGAGUCCAAUUUGCUCAGACCAGUGGAUGUGAACUUCACUGAUUGGGUGCAUGUCUAUGUAGACGCCUCUUUUGAGCCCGGAAAGUAUUCAGGCCUAGGGGGCCUUGUUUUGGAUUCCAGCGGGCAAUGUUUGGGUUGCUUCAGUGAGGUCUCACAGGAGUUGGUUUCCAAAAUCAAAAGAGAAGACCAACAGACAGUAAUCUUUGAGCUUGAAGGGUUAGCAAUUGCGGUGGCUCUGGAAGUUUUCAAAGAACACAUCAAAGGGAAAAGAUUGGUGGUAUUCACUGACAACUCGGGCGCUCAG